GUGGAAAGAGAGACUGGAACGGUGAGAAGGGUUUAAACUUAUUCCUGAAGAAAGGAGCACCGAGACACAUGCCACGAAAGCGAAGUAUGAGGUCUAUCACUAGACAUUUGACAAGAAAUUCUGUCAAAUAAGGGCAUGAAGAAACAUCUGGAUGAGAACCUAGGACAGUUUACUCUCUGAAUGCAUACACGAAAGAAAAAAACAAACUACUUGUAAAUACCUAGUGCAUAAAUCAUUGCACUGAUAUGUAAGCAUGUUGUCAGGUGCUCAUUAUCGCAACACAUGGGAUGCAGUGUUUGCAGGACUCGGCUGAACUCGGGCAGAGCGCUGUCCAGAGUGCCGCUGCCUUUUACCAUGCUCUUGCUUUUUAUCUAUCUUUUUCACUGCUUGAGUGGAUUUUGCGACUCGGCACCAAAAAUCACGGAUCGACAAAAUCUGAUGAGCCACGACAGACCGGGUAAAGUGCAGGCAGUGCGCGCGGAGCGCCUCUGGAACGGGACUGGGUCCGCUCACUAUAGCGCGCUCUCCGAGCCUCUGGAGUCGGACAACGGCGGCGGGGAAAGUGGGAUCCCUGUUUCCAACACGUACGGGAGUAAGAAAUUUCCCCAGGCCAUCAUAAUUGGCGUGAAGAAAGGAGGCACCAGGGCGCUGCUGGAGUUUCUGCGCGUCCAUCCAGAUGUGCGCGCUGUGGGCGCCGAGCCGCACUUCUUCGACAGAUUCUACCACAAGGGUCUGGAGUGGUACAGGAACCUGAUGCCAAGGACCCUUGAUGGCCAGAUCACAAUGGAAAAGACACCCAGCUACUUUGUCACCAAAGAAGCCCCUUCCCGUCUGUGUGCUAUGAACUGCAACACCAAACUCAUCGUGGUGGUUCGGGAUCCAGUGACCAGAGCUGUGUCUGAUUACACACAGACUCGGACCAAAAGCCCUGGACUUCAGUCCUUCCAGACACUGGUGUUCAAAAACUCCAGCUUGGGAGUCAUUGACACCUCAUGGAGUGCUGUGCGCAUUGGCAUGUAUGCCCAGCACCUGGAGAACUGGCUCCAGCACUUUCCACUCUCCAGCUUCUUGUUUGUAAGUGGGGAGAGACUAGUGAGUGACCCGGCCGGUGAGGUGGGCCGUGUGCAAGACUUCCUGGGUCUCAAGCGCAUUGUCAGCAACAAACACUUCUACUUCAACCAGACCAAGGGCUUCCCAUGUCUGAAGAAGCCAGAGGGAAGCAGUAGGCCACGUUGCCUGGGGAAAUCCAAGGGUAGGACUCAUCCUCACAUUCCAACAGAUGUGCUUCAGAAACUCAGGGAGUUUUACAGACCCUUCAAUCACAAGUUCUACCAAAUGAGUGGCCUUGAUUUUGGCUGGGACUGAAGCUUUGGAGUUGGAUUAAAAAGGCAAAAGCCAUUUGCACAUUUCAGUACAUUUACUUCAUUUACACACCCUCUAAAAGGGAGGAAGUGUGAAUUAAUAUAACCAGGGGCAUUCCUAGAUCAUCCCAUGUUAUUAAAACAUUUAGUAAGUAUUCAACAGGUUCUAAUAAGGUUAAUUAAGUCUUCUGGAUCCUAAUAUUAUGCAAUGCACUGUAUAUCGUGCAUACUGCAAGGUGUUUCUUUCUAUUACCCACUUUGUAAAAUGGAAAAAGUGUGAGGUAUCUUCAUUUAACCAAAUGUAGUUCAUGAAUGAUAUACUGCGUAUAGUAAUAUGCCAACACUGAAAUGUUUAUCAUGAAAAGACGUGUCACUUAAAAUAGCUAACUAGUCAGAAUGUUAUGCAUUGCACAGCAUAAUUCAGUCCUUUCAGAUCUAGUGUAUGACAGUAGGGACUUUACAAGACAUAUACUGUUUUCUGGAAGGUUCUUUGAAAAGGUUAUCAUGUACUGUAUAUUUAAUUUUUUUAAAAUGUAAAUAUAUUUAUCUAUUGCUAUUAUACUGCAUAAGCAUUCUUUGACCACUAUUUUAAACUUACAUCAUUUAUGUUUCACACCAAUCAUAAUUAUUUGAUUAGCCACUAUUGUUACAGAAUAAUAGGUUAUUUGUGUGGUUAGGAACUGUACAAUAAAUUACUAUAAUGUGAUCUUUUAAGAAAGGUGAUUGUUGGAAACUAAAGUUUAAAGUUUGAUAGAGGGUGUCAUGAUGGUGCAGCAAGCUGCAUUGCCACCUAACAGCUCCAGGGUACUGUUUGUGUGGAGUCCCAUGUCCAAGUGUCCGUCUGGAUUCCCUCGGGGUUUUCCAGUUUUCUCCCACUUCCUAAAAACAUGUAGGUGGAUUGGCUACUUAAAAUUGGCACGAAGUGUGAAUAUGCGUGGACAUGGUACUGUCCAAUGGGCUCGCAUCUCAUUCAGAGUGUAUCCAGCCUCACACCCAGUGCUCCUGGGAUAGGCUCCAGAUCUACCACCACCUUGACCAGGAUAAAGCGAUUACUGAAGAUGAAUGAAUGAAUGAAUGAAUGAAUGAGUGUUUGAUAGAAACAUUAUGCACAGUGCAGUCUGAGUUGUUUAAAUCAAACUUGGCUUACACACAAUAACUGUCCCACACAUCUUGUACAUAUGUUUGGUCAUUUACAGUGCUAUUUACAUUUACAGUAGAUGUAAAAAUACCUUGUGGCUUUCAAUUAGAUUUGGUCUUUACACAGUUGAAAUACAUGAACUCAAAUUGGAAAUACGAAUGUAUUCCACAACAUACUUUUACAUACAUUCAAUGGACAUACACUUUCCUGGCUACCUAAUACCUUGAGUAAUGGGUGUCCUUUUCGCAGAGGAUGCAUGGGAAUAAAAAAAACAAAAGAUAAGCCUCAGGCUGAAAAUGUGUAGCAUCUCCCUCUUAUUCCUUUCGUCUUACUUACUGAUGUAUAAUGUGCUUAGGCCUCUAAUUAUACAAUAUUUCAGAAAAGCAUUGGCAAAAGCACUGCCUUUUUGUUUUUCCCAUUUCUUUCUCUUUUUGUGUGUAUGUAUACAGAAACAAAACUCCAUUUUGUUUGUAGAUGAUGUGUAGAUGAUUUGUACAGUUUUGAUUUGUGUGGCUGUUGUGGCUGUACAUAGACAUAUACUGUGCAUUGCUAAUUUUCUUACUUCAUUAAUAUUGUUGUAAUGCCAUACGCAUAUGGUGUACAUGGAGGACCAAGUCUGUCUAAAUGAAAAACAAAUACAAUAAUAAUUACCAAUAAGACCAUAAAUAAAUACAAUU